AUGGUUACCCCAGAUGUUUCGAGCACCCCAGCGCCAGUGCCGGAAGGCAUUGAUUUUAACCACCCCUACAAACCAUAUGAUGUGCAAAUUGACUUUAUGAAGACUGCCUAUGGCGUUCUUCAAGCUGGCAACGGACAGGUUGGCAUCCUCGAAAGCCCAACAGGCACCGGAAAAUCUCUCUCAAUAAUCUGCGCAGCUCUGACCUGGCUUCGCAAUCAGCGUGCCGAGGAGUAUGAGGCCAAUUUGAAAGUCAACAUGGACGACUUCAAGGAUGAGCCUGACUGGAUCGUUGAGCAAAUGCUCCGACGGAAGCGAGAUGAACUGGCACGCAACUGGGAAGAACGCGAGAAGAAGCUGGAGCAAAUCCGACUAAAGGAGAAGUCUCUUGAGAUUCGCGGCGCCAAGCGACGUCGCUUCGACGAUGGUCCUUCGAAGUCGAAGGCGGACAGCAUCGCCAACGACGACGAUGACGAGUGGUUGCUGGAUGAGGUGGACGAGCAGAACGCAGCCAACUAUGGCGAUGCCAUGUCCGGGCUUAGCAAAGAAACCAAGGACAUCCUGACGCGGUUCGGCUUGGGUAACCUCAAUGCAGAGCAGGAGGAGGACAAAGUUGAUGACGGAGUCAAGAUAUAUUACACUUCAAGAACGCAUUCUCAGCUCACACAAUUCAUUGCUGAACUGCGCCGGCCUACUUUCCCAUCCUCCAUGCCUCCCUCGGUCAUGCCUAGCGAAAGUGAAAACACCCGCCCAGCGAAAGAACCUGUCAAGCACUUGCCCCUGUCAUCUCGCCAGAAGCUCUGCAUCAACCCUUCGGUAUCUCGCCUUGGCACGCUGUCCGCCAUCAAUGACCGUUGCUCGGAGCUACAGAAGCCUAAAUCCAAAGACAAAUGCCCGUACACGCUGAGCGAAGACAACAUCGCCCAGACGCACCAAUUCCGAGAUACAGCCCACGCUACGCUGCCAGAUAUCGAGGACCUCUAUCAACUCGGCAAGAAGCUCUCUGUAUGUCCGUACUAUGCUUCACGAACAGCCAUUGCCGGCGCCGAGAUCAUUACGCUCCCGUAUCCCCUGCUUCUACAGAAAAAUGCCAGAGACGCAUUGGGCAUCAAACUUGAAGGAAACGUAGUCAUUGUUGACGAGGCACACAACAUAAUGGAUGCAGUUGCCAAUGUUUAUGCAUCGGAAGUAAAACUGAGCGAACUGAGACGGGCGCGUCAAAUGCUCGGUGUCUACGUCAAGAGGUUCGGCAAGAAGUUGAAGGGGGAGAAUCGGGUAAUGGUUGGACAAGUUGGAAGAGUCAUAGAAGGCUUGAGCGAGUGGAUGGACGGGGCAUUGAAGCUCAAGAGUGCUCAGGGCAUUGUCGACUCAAAGGUCUUGCUUCGCUGCAAAGGUGUCGACCAAAUCAACCUUUUCAAGCUGAUUCAGUACAUCCAAGAGUCAAAGUUGGCAUACAAGAUCGAGAGCUACGUCGCACACGUCGAAGAGGAGGCUUCCCGUGCCAACGCUGGCAAGGCGCCGCCAAGGUCAUCAACGCCAGUCCUUCACAUAUUGUCAUCUUUCCUCGUUUCCCUCACCAACCUCAGCUCCGAAGGCCGUAUUUUUUACGAAAAGGUUGCUUCCAACCCACCAGACAUCCAGUUAUCUUACCUUCUUCUAUCGCCAACCCAUGCCUUCUCAUCCAUCGCUACGAGUGCCAGAGCAGUCAUUCUAGCCGGUGGUACAAUGUCUCCUUUCGACGACUACAAGGCACAUCUUUUCCCUUAUCUUUCCGAGUCGAGGCUCACGACGCUCAGCUGCGGACACGUCAUCCCACCGUCAAACCUUUGUGUAUGGACCUUAGCAGGCACGCGACCUAGUCCUGGAAGGGACUUGAGCUCGACAUUCGAAUUCGGCUUCCAGCGCAGAAGCGACAAAGCAAUGGUCAACCAACUAGGCGUAUCGAUAUUAAAUAUUUGUAAUGUUGUGCCGGACGGUGUCGUUGUCUUCUUCCCUAGCUACGGUUACCUGGACGAAGUUGUUGCGAUGUGGGAGAGCAAAAACGCCGGGGAACCAAAAUCCGUAUGGGAACGCCUGAAGGAGAGGAAGGAGGUCUUCAAAGAGACAAGAGGCGGUUCUAGCGACGAUGUGCUGGAGGCCUACGGCCAGGCAAUCCUAGGCGACGCAGAACCCAGUGCCGGAACAACCACGAAGCCCCGUGGCGCCCUUUUGUUAAGCGUCAUCGGGGGUAAAAUGAGUGAGGGUAUCAACUUCUCGGACCGUCUAGGCCGCUGCGUAAUCAUUGUCGGGCUGCCAUACCCGAACAUCAAUUCUCCCGAGUGGAAGGCGAAGACGGAGUACAUUGAAACCACGACUAUCCAGCGGCUUACCGACCCCUCGGCGGGUAGUAAUAUGUCGAGAGACGAGGCUAUAUCGGCGGCGAAGCAGGCGGCGAGAGACUUUUAUGAAAAUGCUUGUAUGCGGGCGGUAAAUCAGAGUAUCGGACGGGCCAUAAGGCACCAAGGAGACUACGCGGCCAUCGUGCUCGUAGAUCGUAGGUACGGAACCGAGAGGAUACGGGGGAAGCUCCCCGGCUGGAUUCGAGGGGGGUUGAACAACGACAGCCAGGAGAAGGGACUGCCGCAGCUGAUGGGGACGCUGAGCGGGUUCUUUCGGUCGAAGCGGGUGAGCGCGCCGUAA